AUGCCGCGUGUAUACAAGCGUAAAACAAGCCGGAAGUCCUGGACAGAAGCGCAAUUAGCUACAGCUAGGCAUGCCAUCGAUUGUGGCAUGUCCGUGUAUGGAGCUUCUGCGAAGUAUCAGAUUCCACGAAGUACUCUCAUCCGGCGGAUCGCCUCACCAGAUGUGCCCAAGAAGAUGGGACCGAAAUCUACUGUUUUCACGCUUGAGCAAGAACAGGAACUUGUUCGGCACCUGCAUGAUCUGGAAUCGCGGUUCUACGGAAUUAAUAUGACGGACGUGCAGAAGCUCGCGUAUGAGUUGGCGGAAAAGAAUGGGAUACCCCAUUCGUUCAACAGAAAGAAGCAGCUAGCGGGACGAGACUGGCUUCACGGAUUUUUAAAGCGGAAUCCAACUCUAUCCUUCCGCAAACCGGAAGCGACAUCUACGGCACGUGCCAGAGGGUUCAAUAAACCCUCUGUGAAUGCUUUUUUUGAUAUGCUGGAAGCAACAUUGACCGACAAAGGGUUCCCGCCUUCGCGUAUAUACAACGCAGAUGAAACCGGGAUCAGUACCGUCCCUCCCAAGAAACAGAAAAUAGCAGCAAAAAAGGGGAAGAAGCAGGUGGGUUCCAUCACGUCGGCAGAUAGAGGAGACACGACAUCAGUAGUUAUGUGCAUGUCUGCGGCUGGUCAUCACCUGCCACCCUACGUUAUAUUUGCUAGGGCACGGAUGCACGAAUCGUUAAAAAAGGGAGCGCCAAGUGGAACCAAGUUCUCUUGUAACCCUUCUGGAUACAUGACCGCAGAUAUCUUCCUGGAUUGGUUUGAGCACUUCCUGGAAAAUGUGCACCCAACUGUGAGCAAUCCCGUUCUUUUGAUCAUAGACGGUCAUAGUUCGCAUACGAAGAACUUGGCGUUCGCAGAAAGAGCUCGAGCGAAUUUUGUAACAGUGUUGGUUUUACCACCACACUGCAGCAAUAAAAUGCAGCCACUCGACAUCUCUUUCAUGGGGCCGUUUAAAAUCCACUACGCGAGUGCAGCAGAAGCCUUCAUGCGGAAAUAUCCGGGACGUAACAUCGGUCAAUAUGACGUAGCCGAAUUGAUGGGCACUGCGUUUGUAAAAGCCGCCACUACAAGCGUGGCCAUCAACGGUUUCAAAAAGUCCGGAAUAUGGCCGGCAGAUCGAACAGUAUUUCCAGACGAAGCCUUCGCGCCAUCCGAAGUGACCGACCAGCCUGAAGCAACUGAUUCAACGGAUGUGCAACAUUGUGGUACGCCUAUGCAAAACUCGGCUAUCGUCGUGUUGAACGACUCGGCCGAAGAACAACCAUAUACAGUUGGUACUUCUUCAGGUAAUCCCGAAAACAGAAAUAACGCCCUGAGUCAAGUUUCUGAAACUCCUCCGAAAUCUUCGUUCGAGGUGUCACCGUCGCAGAUUCGUCCGCUACCAAAAAUGGCAGUACCGAGAGCAUCAAAGAGAAAACGCAAAUCAGAAAAAGCGGUAGAAAUCACUUCUGGACAUUAUCGCCAAGGUCUAGCAACAGCUGAGGCUUUGAAGGAAAUUAAAUCAAUCAAAAAGGGCCAGAAACAAUCGUCUACUAAACGUCAAAAAGUGGACAGCCAUCCUGAAGAUGUUCUAUGCGAACUAUGUGGAUUUUGUUUUUCUGGAUCAGUUGAAGGGCAAGGCUGGAACAAAUGCCUGAAGUGCUUGAAGUGGUUCCAUGCUCAAUGCUACAGUAAGGUUGAUACUAUUUGUCCCUCCUGCACCUAA